AUGGCCGCCGCGAUGGUUAGUUCGGCCGGUGGGUUACUGGCAAUGCUCAACGAACCUCAUACUUCCUUGAAACUCCACGCUCUUUCACAUCUCAACAAAUUGGUUCAUCAGUUUUGGCCAGAGAUCUCCACUAGUGUCCCAAUCAUAGAGAGCUUAUACGAAGAUGAAGAGUUCGAUCUGCAUCAAAGACAGCUUGCUGCGUUGUUGGUCUCCAAGGUUUUCUAUUACUUGGGUGAGCUUAACGAUUCAUUAUCCUAUGCCCUUGGAGCUGGAUCCUUAUUUGAUGUGUCAGAGGAUUCUGAUUAUGUUCAUACUCUUCUAGCUAAAGCAAUAGAUGAGUAUGCUAUUCUCAGAUCCAAGGCAGCCGAGUCAAAUGAGGUGGUGGACAUUGACCCCAGAUUGGAGGCCAUUGUUGAACGAAUGCUAGACAAAUGUAUCACUGACGGAAAAUAUCAACAAGCCAUGGGCAUUGCUAUAGAAUGCCGGAGAUUGGAUAAGUUGGAGGAAGCUAUCACAAAGAGCGAAAAUAAUGAGAACACUGCAGGGGAUGUCCAGAUGACGGAAGAAACUCCAUCUCAGACAAUUGAGUUGAGCAUGAAAACAGAUCCUGUUGACGCUGUGUACGCUGAGAGGUUGACAAAGAUUAAGGCUGAUCCUGAAGACAAUCAAACAGUCCGUCGAGAUGCGGAACAGUGUAUGUCACAGUGCUACAAUAUAUGCUUAUGCUAUAAUGCAUGCUGGGACGACAGUUGA